AGAUUUUUGUGGAAGUGGGCUGGUCAAAGUCAAAGAUGCUGACUUCCACAUCGCGAAACUCUCUUAAAAGAGUCUCAAGGAAAGCCGCUUUAUGGACAUCCCAGUCCGAGUGCACUGGAGUGCUGCCUGUGACCUUUUCCCGAUGUCAGAGCACCCAACAGGUUGCAGCAAAGCCUGCUCUACAUUCGAGCUCGUCUAGAAUUCGGAAUAAACCAUGGUCCUUCGUUCCCGACCAAAGUUUUCAGGGAACUGCAAGUGGUAGUGCUAUAGCGCGCUACCAGUUCAGGUCUACAGGGUUUGCCAAUUCCAAGAGCACCGCAAUGCUUCUUAGAAUGUGCAAAGAAAUGAAGCAGGAGGGCGUAAACCCGGACAUCAUCAUUUAUAAUAACUUGCUGGCAUGUCUUGCGGACGAUUGUCAUGUGCUAGAGGCUUGGGCUGUUGUCGAAGAUAUGAGUUCUAUGGGGAUUGCACCCGAUCGAAACACUUUCAAUCACCUCAUACAUGCAUCACGUCGAUUGCACUCGGGAGCUAUGUGGGAUAUCCUCGACAAGAUGGAUGCAGCAAACAUCCCUCCGAACGAACGGACAUUCCAGUUGAUGAUUCAACGCCACACAACGCCAGAAAGAAAAAAUCUCGAAUUUGCACUGCAAUGUGUUUAUGAGAUGGGGACCCGGGGGCUCAUCCUUGAGCUCACGAUCGCCCAAGAUGUGAUAGGGCUUGCGGCGGAACUCGGCUUUCCCCGACUUGCAAUCGACCUGGCGGAGAAUUUCGAAGCAACCUCCGUCCGGAGAUUAAGCUCAGAAACAUGGCUAGGAUGUCUAGCAUCAUCUGCCGAAGCUCUUUACGCCAAAGGUGUUCAACGAUGCUGGGAAAAGGUUAUUGGUGACCUUAAUGUUACUCCAGACGAAGGACUCUGCCUCGAUGUUCUCCAUACUGCUGGACGCCAUGGACUCUCUGACCUUGCAACAGAUGUCAUUCGUGUCCUCAGAAUUCUGGGCGCUGACUGGCAAGAGUACCACUUUGCACCGCUCGUGGAAGCAAUGUGUAACGCCGGAAAUCUAAAAGAUGCCUUUGGCACACUCGACUUGAUGCGAAGUAGUAACAUCUUCCCUACUGCGGUAACAACCCAGCCGAUAUACGAAGUCCUGAAGCAGGAUGUUGACAAGGUAGACGGCGCUUGGGAACUGCUUGACAAGCUGCGAAGUGAAGGGAAGACGAUCGACAGGACCGCCAUCAAUGCCAUCAUCCGCGCUGCCAUAUCACUUUCAGAUCUGCAGCGUGCCGUGGGCGCCUACAAGGCUUUCCCCGACUACAAAUGCGUCCCCGACAUUGACACCUUCAACUCACUUCUUUCUGGCUGUAUCAUUGCCAGUCACCGUGGACUCGGAGAUAGACUGCUCCUGGAUCUGAAGGAGUUGGGCAUCAAGCCAGAUGCAAUGACAUACGAGCGGAUCAUCGUCCUUUGCCUAACACAGACCACAUAUGAAGACGCGUUCUUCUAUCUCGAGGAAAUGAAAGCGCAAAAAUACGUGCCGCCACGGAGCGUUUACGACGCCAUCAUUCGCACUUGCAUCGCUGCUGGUGAUUCGCGUUACACACUAGCAUUGGACGAGCUGAAGAAGUGUGGAUACACCGUUUCGGAUAACUUGCAGACGUUCAUUGAUACUGGAGGACGAGAGUCACGGCCGAGGUCAUAGUGUUCGUGUGUCAAGUUACAUUCAUCAUCGAUAGGUAGCUUAGCUAUAUCUACAUAAUUUACCUCUCGAGAUGUGAGGUUUAGAAUUGAUGCUUAUACCGCUC